ACCCGGAAGCCGCCGCGCUCGCUGCGCUCGUCUCUCGGCUGGGAAGCUCUGUUCUUUACAGAGUUGUUGGCCCGCUGGGUCCUCCUUCUUCAGCCUGUCCUGGCCCAUGGGUCUCCAUGGCGACAGCAGGGGCCGGGCCCGGGGACCCGCAGCCAGAGUGGGGUCGCGUCGCUCUGGGGGCCUCCGCGGCAGCGUCGCCGUGUUCGCCGCUGUGGCGACAGUGUUCACUCUCACGCUGCCCCCCUCGGUGCCGGGGGGAGACUCGGGGGAACUGAUCACAGCCGCACAUGAGCUUGGAGUUGCUCAUCCUCCUGGCUAUCCUUUGUUCACACUGGUGGCUAAACUGGCAAUUAUACUGUUUCCUUUUGGUUCCGUUGCCUACCGAGUCAAUCUUCUCUGUGGCUUGUUUGGAGCAGUAGCUGCAUCAUUACUUUUUCUCACCGUUUUCAGACUUUCUGGCUCAUAUGCUGGAGGAAUCCUUGCUGCGGGGGUGUUUUCAUUUUCUCGUCUAACAUGGCAGUGGUCCAUUGCAGCAGAGGUUUUUAGCUUAAACAAUCUGUUUGUGGGGCUGCUUAUGGCUCUUACUGUACAUUUUGAGGAGGCAGCAACUGCAAAGGAGAGAUCAAAGGUAGCAAAAAUUGGUGCUUUCUGUUGUGGCCUUAGCUUAUGUAAUCAGCACACAAUAAUACUCUAUAUUUUGUGCAUAAUACCUUGGAUUCUCUUUCGGCUUUUAAAAGAGAAGGAACUCUCCCUGGGCUCUUUGCUGAAGUUGAGUCUGUCCUUCUCUGCUGGUUUGCUGCCCUAUAUCUACCUUCCUAUCUCAUCUUACCUCAACCAUGCCCGCUGGACCUGGGGGGACCAGACAACACUGCGAGGAUUUCUGACACAUUUUCUCAGGGAAGAAUAUGGAACAUUCAGCCUGGCAAAAUCUGAAAUAGGAUCCAGUAUGUCUAAAAUACUACUCUCUCAGGUAACCAAUAUGAAGACUGAACUCUCAUUCAAUACCCAAGCCCUCGCAGUUUGGGCAAAUAUGUGUUUGUUAAGAAAGAACAGGCAGAAUCCAUCGCUAGUAUGGCUUUUUACUGGAAUGUUCUGCAUUUAUUCAUUUUUCUUUGCUUGGAGGGCAAACUUAGAUAUUUCAAAACCGCUUUUUAUGGGUGUGGUGGAACGAUUCUGGAUGCAAAGCAACGCAGUGGUGGCUGUCCUUGCUGGCAUUGGUUUGGCUGCACUUGUGUCUGAGAUGAACCGGGUGCUGCACAGCAAUGGACUACAGUGUCUGGAGUGGCUCUCAGCAGCUCUUUUUGUAGUUUACCAAAUAUAUUCUAAUUAUAGUGUUUGUGACCAAAAGACCAACAAUGUGAUUGAUAAAUUUGCAAAGAAUCUUCUAGACUCUAUGCCUCAUGAUGCAAUCAUCUUACUCAGAGGAGAUUUGCCAGGGAAUUCUCUCCGUUACAUGCAUUACUGCGAGGGAUUGAGGCCAGAUAUUUCAUUAGUGGAUCAAGAAAUGAUGACUUAUGAGUGGUAUUUACCCAAGAUGGCAAGGCAUUUACCAGGAGUCCACUUUCCUGGGAACCAGUGGAAUCCUGUGGAAGGAGUACUAUCUAGUGGAAUGGUCACAUUUAAUCUUUAUCACUUUCUUGAAGUAAAUAAACAAAAAGAAACAUUUGUUUGCAUUGGAAUUCAUGAAGGUGACCCAACCUGGAAAAAGAACUAUUCACUUUGGCCAUGGGGGUCUUGUGACAAACUAGUUCCUUCAGGGAUUGUAUUCAAACCUGAGGAAUGGAUUGAACUCACCAGAAAUAUCUAUAACUGGACUGAAGAAUAUGGAAGGUUUGAUCCAUCUUCUUGGGAGUCUGUGGCCAAUGAAGAGAUGUGGCAAGCAAGGAUGAAAACGCCAUUCUUCAUUUUUAGCCUGGCAGAAACUCCGGAUAUGCCUUCAAAUGUGAAAGCUCAACUCUACGCUCACGCAUAUGAUCUUUAUAAGGAGCUUGUCUAUUUACAAAAGGAACACCCAGUGAAUUGGCAUAAGAACUAUGCCAUUGCCUGUGAGCGGAUGCUGCGUCUUCUGGAGAGAGAUACAGACCCUGAAGUUCUGUUAUCUGAAACUAUCAAACAUUUUCGUCUUUAUGCUCAGAAAGCACGGAAUGAUCCACAGUUUGCUGAUAUUUUAGUUGCUCUGAAGCACCUAAGAAAAGAACUACAAAGUCUGAGAAAUAUGAAAAAUGCCUGAGACAGCAAAAUGUGAAAAACCUGCUCAUCAUUCUGCUUCUAAAAUUCUGAAGUCCAAAAGUUUUUCCUCCAAGAAAGUAUAAAAAAUAGAAAACUAAGUCAUCUCCCAGAUAUAGGUAACACGGCACAGCUUUACUGCUUUAAUGCAUGUUUAAUGACUGAGAUAUAUUGUUCAUGCAAAAUUCUGUUCAUCACUUGUUACCAAAUUAACAUUUCCAUAAGAUGCUUUCAAAAAAUCUUCUUGCUUCUGCAGUCUUUCACCAAAUGACUGUGCUCAAUUAGGUUCUAGAAGAAAAUGAACUCUUUUCAUAUACUUAAAAUAUUGACCAUGAAUCUUUUAAGUGCCAUGCUUAUUCAGAUAGAUUUUAAAGGUUUAAAUUCUUAAAAUAUUCCUACCAGACUCAAGACAUUUUCUGUUUACUAAAAGUGGAAUUUUUUUUUAAAGAAUUAAGCAUUAUACUUCAUAUUAGAAUUCCUUUUUUUAAAGUAACUGGUUGUUACAAAAUCUCACACUUGAAACUGCAUACCCAAGUAAGUGGUAUUUUGAAAAAUGAUUUGAGUUUUGUCUUAGUGUCCUGCAAUCACUAAAAAAAGAAAGCUAAUUUAAUGUUUGCUUAUUUCAGUUACAGAAAUGAAUAGCAAAUGAAAGUGUUUUAAUUUACUUAUUUCAUAUUUAUGUUUUACUUCUAUUUGGACUCAGAGACCUAGGCCCAAUAAUUAGUAGGCUUCUGCUGCCCACAUGCAAAAAGAGGGUGGGUAUUGGAGGGAUGGGGAAGUUAUUCAAUAAAUUCAUUUCUGUUACAAGCAUCUUUUAUACAUAUUACUAAAGAGAACAUAGUAAGAAAUGCAAAUAAUAGUUCUUUAUUUUAUUAUGACAGUUAAUUAAUAGCAACCUGUUUUAAUGAAUAAAGUCACUCAGAGUCCUUCAGCACUUCCUAAGUAGAGGCCAGAAUCUGUAGGGAUUCUUUUCCCCCCAAUUGUAUAGCUCCUAGACUCCAAGCACUAUAUAGGCCCCUGUAUAGAAAUGCUCACUAAUGAAGAGGGAGGGCUAGAAGCUUGUCUGCAUUCAAAGAUCACUGGUGAGUCAUUCAGCAAGAAAAGGCCCCUUACCAGGAACAGUCACAGUUCCGUGGCAUUGUACUAGCAAAAGGGUCUGAUCAAAGGUCUCCUGUGGAGCUUGCAUGGUUCCCUUUCAUACUACGACCAUAAUUAAAACCACUAAUUCUCUUUUAAAAUGCUGCAGGAUGCCAUGUAGGCAUCUGUCUGGAGUGUCCUUUGUGAUGUCAUAAGCUGUUAAGGACCAGUGCCGAGGGCUUUUGAGCGAAAUGCCAGUCAUGAAGGUGCUUCAAGACAAGGGUGCCUCUAAAAGCUUGACAGGGCCUUGACUGCACAAUUCGAGCUGAAUUUGCCCCUUGUCAGCUGCCAGUAAAUAAAUCUCAAAGGGGGAAAAGCUGAAGUUUCAUUACCUGAUCCGUGGGGCUUUGUUGGUUUUGGCAUCACACAGGGGAAGCUCUUGCCCCUCCAUUCUCUGGAUUUGAAGAUGUCCAUUGGAGCCUGCAGUGCCUGGACAGGGUUCAGAGCGGAACCUUUUGAAGAGUGUCAAUAGUUGUAACAGUUCAGCUGUUAGGAAGACAAAUAAAUGGAGGAGCUCAUUAAUCCGCUUUUGGCUCUCAGUGCCUUUUGCCCUUUUAUCACAGCCUUAUUAGGCUCCUACUCAUCUUGAACCAAAAAAAAAUGAAUUGAAGUUGUUGAGUACUAAUUGGCAAAGACUUUUAAUCAUGGGCCAAGAACUUUCACUGACUUGAAAGUAACUUCUCCACAGGGAAGAACCAGAAACCUGGUUUACCUUAAAACAAAAACCUGUUGGAGUUCAGUGUGGUGUGAAAAUUUAAGAAAGCGUUGAUAAAUUGUCUAAGUUUAUCCAUCUCAAAGUAUGCAAGAUUAUGAUUUUCACUUUCCCAGGAAAAAAUACAAUGAGACACAAACAUUCUUUA